CUGGACUCGACCGACGCCCCGGCCUCCAGCGCCCGCACGAAACAAGGAGCCACCAUUCGCUUUUUCCCCUACCAAGAUUCGCCCCAAAGUCCCCGUCCCUCCCUCCCCUUCAUCCCCCUGUCUCGGACCCUCCCCUCCGACAGCUGCGUCAUCCGCGUCGGUCGCUACUCCGAACGCGAUGGCCACCCCGUCGCCAACCCCCCCGGUCUGUCCGAUGCCCCCGUCGGCUUCAAGUCCAAGGUCGUCAGUCGGAAACACUGCGAGUUCCUCUACAUGAACGGCCAGUGGCACGUCAAGGACGUCGGCAGCUCCUCGGGCACCUUUCUGAACCACAUGCGGCUCAGUCAGCCCAACACGGCCUCUCGCCUGUAUCCCGUCAAGGAUGGGGACAUCGUCCAGCUGGGUAUCGACUACCGCGGUGGCGAGGAGAUGAUCUACCGCUGCGUGCGCAUCCGCGUCGAGUGCAAUCGGGCCUGGCAACGCCAGCCCAACAAGUUCAACAAAAAUACCGAGACCCUGAUCCAGAAUCUCGGCAAGGGCGAUGCCGCGAAUUAUGAAGGAUGUCGCGAGUGUUCCAUCUGCCUGGGCUCGGUUUUGCGACCCUACCAGUGCUUGUUUAUGGCGGCGUGUGCUCACGUGUGGCAUUACAAAUGCGUUAGCCGCCUGAUCCACACGCCCGAUUACCCCAUGUUCCAGUGCCCCAAUUGUCGCGCCUACACCGACCUCAGCGCCGAGGUCGACGACACCAACGAGUCCGAGAAGGACGAGAGGGAGGGGAUCGACGUCCCGCCGGCCGCCGCCCCGGCCGAUCCUCAGCCGGAGUCGGCGCGGGUGACCCCGAGUCCGGAAGCGUUCCCGGCGGGUGAUCCGCCGGCGGAGGACCCGUCGCAGAUCGCCGAGGCGGAUGGGGGUUCCCACCCGACCCCACCGCCGGCGGCCGGACUGGCGGACACCGUCGAGAACAUGCACCUCCAUGAUCCCGAGGGCGCGCCCGACGGGGGAGCCCUGGGUCCGACGGAGACCGCCGUCUCGACGACCCCGGAACCCCCGCGGUCCGUCCGAUCGUCGCCGGCCACCACCAACACCGACUCGGGGGCCCCCGCCCUCCCCGUCGAUGUCCCGGGCUGGCAGACGCUGGGCCCGGCGCCCAGCGUCCUGGCGUGUCGACCGGCUCAACUCCGCGCCGACACCCCCGUGCGAUCCGAAUCGUCCGAUGACAACGUCAUGACCCCGGAGAACGACUCGGGCAUCUUGGCGCUGGACGGGCGGGCGGGC